AUGGAGACGUCGCUUGCGGCCACCCUCAACCAAUCGCUGGUCUUAUUCUUGGCUUUCCCCUGAAAGUCGUCUCUCCGCCGGAAUCCUUCUUCUGCUUCCUUGUUUCCCGCCGGGGUAUAGAGGCAGUGCGUAGGGUUUAUUUCCGUUUCCGUCCGUGUCCAUGCGUGCCUGAGGAGCUCUAGCUGUUGUGAACCAGUAGGUUAGAACUACUUGUGAGUUGGUAAAAAGCUACUAUGGAGACUAAAGACCAGAAGAAACACCGAAAGAAAAACAGCGGACCCAAAGCUGAGAAGAAAAAAAAAAGGCAUCUGCAGAAUCUCCAACUUGGAGAUGAGGAAGAUGCCCGGAAGAGAAACCCCAGAGCUUUUGCAGUCCAGUCUGCUGUGCGGAUGGCUCGGUCCUUUCACAGGACUCAGGAUUUGAAGACAAAAAAGCAUCACAUUCCAGUGGUUGAUCGAACUCCACUAGAGCCCCCACCAAUAGUGGUGGUGGUCAUGGGGCCUCCAAAAGUUGGGAAGAGCACUUUGAUACAGUGCCUCAUUCGGAACUUCACCAGACAGAAGUUGACUGAGAUCAGAGGCCCGGUAACAAUCGUGUCAGGUAAAAAGCGCAGACUUACCAUUAUUGAAUGUGGGUGUGACAUUAACAUGAUGAUUGAUCUGGCUAAAGUAGCGGAUUUGGUUCUGAUGCUUGUAGAUGCCAGCUUUGGGUUUGAAAUGGAAACAUUUGAAUUUCUAAACAUCUGUCAAGUACAUGGCUUUCCAAAAAUUAUGGGAGUUCUCACCCACCUAGACUCCUUCAAGCAUAAUAAGCAACUGAAGAAGACAAAGAAGCGAUUAAAACACAGAUUCUGGACAGAAGUCUACCCGGGUGCCAAACUGUUCUACCUUUCUGGAAUAGUACAUGGAGAAUAUCAAAACCAAGAAAUUCAUAAUCUGGGCCGUUUUAUUACAGUUAUGAAGUUUAGGCCUCUCACAUGGCAAACCUCUCACCCUUAUAUCCUGGCAGACAGGAUGGAGGAUUUGACAAACCCAGAAGAUAUUCGAACAAAUAUCAAGUGUGACCGAAAGGUGUCUCUUUAUGGUUACUUAAGAGGAGCAUACUUGAAAAAUAAAAGCCAAAUUCACAUGCCAGGUGUAGGAGAUUUCACUGUGAGCGAUGUCAGUUUUCUCCCAGACCCGUGUGCUCUUCCUGAACAGCAGAAGAAGCGUUGUUUAAAUGAGAAAGAGAAGUUGGUUUAUGCACCUUUCUCUGGCGUUGGUGGUGUGUUGUACGACAAAGAUGCUGUCUAUGUUGAUCUCGGUGGCAGCCAUGUUUUUCAGGAAUCGGAUGAGGUGAAGCCUACUCAUGAACUGGUCCAGAAUCUCAUUUCCACCCAUUCCACUAUUGAUGCCAAAAUGGCUUCAAGUAGAGUAGCACUUUUUUCUAAUUCCAAACCACUAGGAUUAGAGGAUAUAGAUAAUCAAGGGCUUUGGAUGCCAAAAGAGGAAAAGCACAUGGAUUUGAAAACUGGUCGAGUGCGUCGGAAAGCCAUUUUUGGAGAUAAAGAAGAUGAACCUGGAGAUAGUGAUGAUGAAGAUGAUGAACAAAUGUCUGAAGGUGACAGGUUGGAAAAUGGCUCUAGUGGUGGUGAAACAGAAGAGGAAGAAGACGAUGAAAUGAUUGAUAAAGAGUACAUGACUGUUAAAGGUAUCAAACAGCAGAAACUUGAGGAGAUGGAAGAAGACAUUGAGGUGGAUUUGCCUGCAUUUGCUGAUAGUGAUGAUGACCUUGAGAGGAGCUCAGGGGAUGAAGAGGAAGCUGAAAAAGCCAAUGAAAGCAGUGAAGAGGAGGAGGACUCUACUGCAGAAGUGGAAAGUGAUAUUUUAGACUCUAAGGCUGUUGGAGACGGUUAUAAAUUAGGACUGUUAGAAGCUAAUGGUUUGACUGACAGAUUGAAUCGAGAGAAAUCUUUGACUAUGAAAAAAGCAGUCCUCACCGCUUCAGAUUCAGAUCAUUGCAGAACUGAAGAGGCAUUUGCAUCUGAAGAUGAAUCUGAAGAAAGCUCCUCUCUCAUUUCAGAGGAGGAGGACGCAGAAAAUGAAGAGAUGGUUAGGAAAAGGCUUCCAAAGUCUUCUCAAGAGGGCCGUGGUCAGAAACUGGGGCCAGAGGACAUAAUUGAUGAGGCCAGUGAUGUAGAAGAUAUAUUCCAACCGGAGGAGGAUUACAAGGAAGAAAGUAACUAUUCCACAGAAACAUCAGGUACCCUCAAGUGGAAGGAAGACCUUUCUAGGAAGGCAGCUGAGGCCUUUCUGAGGCAGCAACAAGCAACUCCAAACCUUCGAAAGCUUAUUUAUGGGACAGUGACAGAGGAUAAUGAAGAAGAUGAUGGUGACCCCAGAGAAGAACUUGGAGGCUUAUUUCGUGUCAGCCAGCCUGACAGAGAGUGUAAGCACAAGGCCGACUCUUUGGAUUGCUCUAAAUUUCAUGUGGAAGCACCCCACAAUUGGGAUUUAAAGGAGGCUAUGAACAGCAUCAGAGACUGCUUUGUGACUGGGAAGUGGGAAGAAGAUAAAGAUGCAGCCAGGAUCUUAGCAGAAGAUGAGGAGCUAUACGGUGACUUUGAAGACCUUGAAACGGGGGAUGUGCAUAAGGAAAAAUCUGGUCCAGAUAUUCAGAUUGAAGGUGUAGAAGAAGAAGUUAAGGAAGAAAUUGAGCUCAACCCAGAGGAAAGUGCCAAGAAAAAACAUAUGGAUAAGAAGAGAAAACUGAAGGAGAUGUUUGAUGCAGAAUAUGAUGAAGGAGAAAGCUCAUAUUUUGAUGAACUUAAAGGAGAAAUGCAGAAACAAGCCUUGCUUAACCGGGCAGAAUUUGAAGAUCAAGAUGAUGAGACCAGAGUUCAAUAUGAGGGUUUUCGACCUGGGAUGUAUGUCCGGAUUGAGAUAGAAAACGUCCCCUGUGAAUUUGUGCUUAACUUUGACCCCCAUCACCCAAUUAUUCUGGGUGGUUUGGGCAACAGCGAGGGCAAUGUUGGAUAUGUACAGAUGCGUCUGAAGAAACAUCGUUGGUAUAAGAAAAUCCUCAAAUCCCGAGACCCAAUAAUUUUUUCUGUAGGAUGGAGACGGUUUCAGACCAUGCCACUCUAUUAUAUCGAAGACCAUAAUGGAAGGCAAAGGCUUCUGAAAUACACCCCACAGCAUAUGCAUUGUGGAGCAGCAUUUUGGGGUCCUAUCACUCCACAGGGAACUGGGUUUUUGGCAGUGCAGUCUGUCAGUGGCAUAAUGCCUGAUUUCCGGAUAGCUGCCACAGGAGUUGUCCUUGAUCUGGAUAAAUCCAUAAAAAUUGUAAAGAAAUUGAAGCUAACUGGAUUUCCAUUUAAAAUUUUCAAGAAUACUUCAUUUAUUAAGGGAAUGUUUCAUUCUGCCUUGGAAGUGGCCAAAUUUGAAGGUGCUGUGAUUCGAACUGUCAGUGGAAUAAGGGGACAGAUCAAGAAAGCACUCCGGGCUCCAGAAGGAGCUUUCCGGGCCACCUUUGAGGAUAAGUUGUUGAUGAGUGAUAUUGUCUUCAUGCGAACUUGGUAUCCUGUCUCCAUUCCAGCCUUCUAUAACCCAGUCACAUCUUUGUUGAAACCAGUGGGUGAGAAAGACACCUGGUCAGGAAUGAGGACAACAGGUCAACUGAGACUCGCACACGGUAUCAGACUAAAGCCAAACAAGGAUUCUCUGUAUAAGCCAAUAGUGAGGCAAAAGAAACAUUUUAAUUCACUGCACAUUCCAAAAGCCUUGCAGAAAGCCCUGCCAUUUAAGAACAAGCCAAAGACUCAAGCAAAGGCAGGCAAGGUGCCGAAGGACAGGCGAAGACCAGUCGUCAUAAGGGAGCCUCAUGAGCGGAAGGUCCUUGCACUGCUGGAUGCUCUGAGCACAGUACACAGUCAUAAGAUGAAGAAGGCCAAGGAGCAACGGCAUCUGCAGAAUAAAGAGCACUUCAAAAUGAAACAGAAGGAAGAGGAAGAGAGACUGACACAUCAGAAGGAGCUCAGGAAGAAGCUCUUCCGAAUCCAGGGUCAGAAAGAAAGAAGAAACAAUAAAUCCAGUCUGAAAGGGGCAUGAGGAGCAACUGAAAGUGGCACCUGGGGUCUUUAUUGGUAGCAAGCGGCCAUCUAAGAUGCAUCAAUUGGUCUCAACCCACCUGGAGCAAAGGACAGUGAAGAGCAAAGACACAAGGUAAUUAUGAGCCCAAGAGACAGAAAUGGCCACAUAAACCAGGGACUACAUCAGCCUGAGACCAGAAGAACUAGAUGGUGCCUGGCUACAACCAAUGACUGCCCUGACAACAGAGAACCCCUGAAGGAGCAGGAGAGCAGUGGGAUAUGGACCCCAAAUUCUUGUAAAAAGACCAGACUUAAUGGUCUGAGACUAGAAGGACCCCAGAGGUCAUGGUCCUCAGACUUUCUGUUAGCCCAAGGCAGGAACCAUUCCCAAAGCCAACUCUUCAGACAGGAUUGGACUGGACAAUGGGAUAGAAAAUGACACUGGUGAUGAGUGAGCAUCUUGGAUCAAAUAGACACUUGAGACUAUGUGGACAGCCCCUGUCUGAAGGGGAGAUGAGAGAGCAGCGGGGGUCAGAAGCUGGCCGAAUGGACGCAAAAAGAGAGAGUGGAGGGAAGGAGUGUGCUGUCUCAUUAGAGGGAGAGCAACUAGGAGUAUACAGCAAGGUGUAUAUAAGUUUUUGUAUGAGAGACUGGCUUCAUUUGUAAACUUUCAUUUAAAGCACAAUAAAAAAAAAGAGAGAGGGGCAUCAUCCAACCAAGAAAGAAGCACCGGGAGCAGAGUUUGUUCUUUGGACCCUGGGUCCCUGCCUGAAAAGCUCCUAGUCCAGGGGAGGAUUGAUGACAAGGAUGUUCCUCCAGAACUGACAGAGAGAGAAAGCAUUUCCCGGAAGCUGGCACCCUGAAUUCCACCUUAAUGGCUCCUAUACUGUGAGACAAUAAAUUUCAGUUUGUUAAAGCUAUCCACUUGUAUUUCUGUUGCAGAAGCACUAGAUAACAAAGAGUCAAUAAA